CAUCCCGCAGCUGCUGCCAGGACUCUUGCUCCUCCGCUAGGAAAAUGUCUAUCCAAGUUGAACACCCUGCCAGUGGAUACAAGAAACUGUUCGAAACUGUGGAGGAGCUGUCCUCGCCACUCACGGCACAUGUUACAGGCAGGGUUCCCCUCUGGCUCACCGGCAGUCUCCUCCGCUGUGGACCGGGACUCUUCGAGGUAGGAUCUGAGCCUUUCUACCAUCUGUUUGACGGGCAAGCUCUCCUGCACAAGUUUGACUUCAAAGAAGGACACGUCACAUACUACAGGAGGUUCAUUCGCACUGAUGCUUAUGUCCGUGCCAUGACUGAGAAAAGGAUUGUCAUAACCGAAUUUGGCACCUACGCGUACCCAGAUCCUUGCAAGAAUAUAUUUUCCAGGUUUUUUUCUUACUUUCGAGGAGUGGAGGUGACGGACAAUGCCCUGGUGAACAUCUACCCGGUGGGAGACGAUUACUAUGCCUGCACGGAGACCAACUUCAUCACCAGGAUUGACCCAGAGACCUUGGAGACAAUCAAGCAGGUUGACCUUUGUAACUAUGUCUCAGUCAACGGAGCCACCGCUCAUCCCCACGUAGAAAAUGAUGGAACUGUGUAUAAUAUUGGUAAUUGCUUUGGGAAAAACUUUUCCAUUGCCUACAAUAUCAUCAAGAUCCCUCCACUACAAGCAGACAAGGAAGACCCAAUCAGCAAGUCAGAGAUUGUCGUGCAAUUCCCCUGCAGUGACCGAUUCAAGCCAUCUUAUGUCCAUAGCUUUGGUCUGACUCCUAACUACAUCGUGUUUGUGGAGACGCCAGUCAAAAUCAACCUAUUCAAGUUCCUGUCUUCAUGGAGUCUGUGGGGAACCAACUACAUGGACUGCUUCGAGUCCAAUGAAGCCAUGGGGGUUUGGAUUCACGUUGCUGACAAACAACAGAGAAAGUACCUCUGCAAUAAAUACAGGACCUCUCCUUUCAAUCUCUUCCACCACAUCAACACCUACGAAGACCACGAGUUUCUGAUUGUAGACCUCUGCUGCUGGAAAGGAUUUGAAUUUGUUUAUAAUUACUUGUAUUUAGCCAACUUACGCGAGAACUGGGAAGAGGUGAAGAAAAAUGCCAGCAAAGCUCCCCAGCCUGAAGUGAGGAGAUACGUGCUUCCUCUGCGCAUUGAUAAGGCAGACACGGGCAAGAACCUCGUCACUCUCCCCAACACAACCGCCACCGCCGUCCUGCGCAGCGACGAGACCAUCUGGCUGGAGCCCGAGGUCCUCUUCUCGGGGCCUCGCCAAGCGUUUGAGUUUCCUCAAAUCAAUUACCGGAAGUACGGCGGGAAGCCUUACACGUUCGCCUACGGACUCGGCUUGAAUAAUUUUGUUCCAGACAGGCUCUGUAAACUGAACGUCAAAACUAAAGAAACCUGGGUGUGGCAGGAGCCGGAGACCUACCCGUCAGAGCCCAUCUUCGUCUCCCACCCAGAGGCCUUAGAAGAAGACGACGGUGUGGUUCUGAGUGUGGUGGUGAGCCCUGGGCCAGGACAAAAGCCAGCUUCGCUCCUGAUUCUGAAUGCCAAGGACCUGAGUGAGGUGGCCAGGGCCGAAGUGGACGUUAACAUCCCUGUCACCUUCCAUGGACUGUUCAAAAGAGCCUGAGUAUUUUCAUGCAGGAUACAUUUCUGGUGAAAAGGAAAACAUGAAAAC